GGGGAGACAGAACGGCUGUCCCUGAGGCAGACAACGCAUUUAGCCAAGAUAGCGAACCAGCUCGUACUGGACUCCCGGGACGCGUUGUUCUAUGUGAGCCGAAACACUCCGGAACGCCCCCGGGACGCUGCCGACCGUCUCCGCCUGGUGGUUCCCCAAGACCUCCAAGAGGACAUUCUGCACCAUUGUCACGCAGACUUCCAAGGCGCUCGCCAGGGUAUCAUCCGGACCUGUGAGAGACUACGCAAAGAAUUCUACUGGAUUGGGAUGUUCAAGUACACGGAGCGAUAUGUCAAAGAGUGCGUGGAUUGUGUCACAGCUAAGGGGUUACCCCGGAACCCAGGCUCAUCACCCGGCAACUUGCUGGCUACGCGACCGUUCCAAGUCGUCUCGAUGGACUUCGUCAUACCGUUACCCCAGUCAACCCGGGGAAACACAGCACUACUCUUGUUCCAGUGUGCGUUCUCGGUGUUCAUCAUGUGCAAGGCCAUGGCGAGCACCGAGGCCCAGGACGUGGCCGAAGCUUACGAAGCACUUCCGGGAGAUGCUCGGGAGCAGGCAGCGCGCGACCCUGGCCUAUCGACCCCAGGCUAA